AAAACUACAUCGAAAGGAAUAACAAUGAACAAAAAAGUUAUGAGUGACGUUUUUAAAUUUGCAGACACAAAGAAAGUAGGACCACACUGCUUAGAAACAGGAAAAAAAAAAUAUCCAUGUUUUUAUUGUGAUGAAAAGUUGACAACUUUGUCACGGCAUUAUAAAAGCAAACAUGCAGAAGAGGCGAUUGUUCAGGAGAUCAAACAAUAUGAGCCAUCAAGACGACUCAAGGGACAAAAAAUCACUGAUAAUCAAAAGUAUACUGAUUACUUAUAUUCGUAUCUUAGAAAAGCCGCAAUUUUAAAACACAAUUUGCAAGCUGAUUUUAAUGACCAGUUUCAUAUAGCAAGAACACGACGUGAAUCGGACGAAGAUCGAACUGUUUCGAUGUAUGAGUUAUGUACCACGUGCAGUGGCUUUUACGCUAAAAGUUACUAUCAUAAGCAUGUAAAAAAAUGUACAAAUAACACCAAAAGCACAUUACAAGCUCGAAUAGAAGGUAAUGCAGCUAUUGGUAAAAAAUCUGCUUCUAUUAAAGAACAUUUACAGAAAGUACUUUUAAAUUUAAGAAAAGGAGCAAUUAAGGAUAUUAUAGAAGAAGAUGAUGUUAUCAUAACGUUUGGAAACGGACUAAGUUACAAACAUCGGCAUCAUUAUCACCAAGGUGACAUGAUUCGUGCAAGACUGAGAUGUACUGCUAGAUUUCUAACAAUUUUAAGAAACAUUAGUAAUAACACUGUGAAAAGUUAUGCCGACUUUUUUAAACCUGAACACUUAGACUAUCUUUUUCCAGCAAUUAAUGAAAUUGGUCAGUAUAAUCAAGUAACCGAUUUAUAUGACGUCCCUGCUACGGCUGCAGCUGCAGGAGCUUAUGUUAACGAAUUGUGCGAUACCUAUAUUGGUAUGUGCAUUAAAGCUAAGGACCAAAGUGCAUGUGAUGACGCAAUGAAAUUUAUGCACCUGUACAAAACAGAUUACAAUAAAUAUGUGACAAAAAGUGUUGCAGAAUCGACAGUUGAAAUGCAGCGUAACAAUAAAGUUGAAUUGCCAACGGAAGAAGAUUUAAGAUUAUUUUAUACUUCUAUUACUAGUAGAAGAGAUGAACUUAUUGAUGACUUGAAAAAUAAUGGAUUUAAUAUGACCAAAUGGAUAGAAUUAGGCGAAGUAACUACGAUUCACUUAGUAAUGUUUAGUAGUCGCAGAGUAGGAGAAACAGAGAGACUAAAAAAAGGAAAUUUUGCAAAAAUAGAGCGUUUAGAGUCAAACAACAAUGGAUCUAGAAAACUUUCUUAUGAAGAAAUAGAGUUUCUACAAAGUUUCCGUCGAAUACUAAUCCGCGGUAAACUAAAUCGAACUGUUCCUCUAUUAAUGAUAGACAAAGAUGAAGAGGCAAUCAAUUUGUAUAUGUCUUUUUUCAAGGUAGAAGAAGCUAACGUGGACAAAAACAAUCCAUACGUUUUCGCACUUCCGCACUUUUCGCACAAGCUUGAUCAAGAAUUUGAGAGGAACAUUAUUUAGGAAAAAUAUAUCAACAAUAGCUAUGAGUUUGAAUCUCUCAAACGGUGCCAGAAUCGACCUGUAUGACGUAUUAGGACAUUAAGGGAAGAUAAAUAAAAACAUUUAUGCACAACACGAGUUUCAACAGCAAAUUUUAACAAUAGCACCGAUAUUAUUGAAAGCAUCAACUGCUGUUAACAAAUUAGAUGAACAGAAAUGCGAAAAUGAUGAUGAAGAGGAAGAUAUAGUCCAGUAUGAAACUAUAAUACCUGAUAUGAAUACACGAAUACCAAUUCUCGAAAGACAUACAGAUAAGCCAUCAACACUGGCUAAAGGGAAUGAAGAAGCUGAUGAUAGCAGAGAGCAAUUGAAGGCAGUAUCCAAGCCAGUUAGUAGAAAGCAAGAAUUAGAGGAAGAUGAUCAGGAUAAAGAAAGUAAUUAUAAUCCUAGUGAAGUCGAAGACGAUGAUUAUGAUGAUGAAUAUGAGUCUAACAAUGGUACAAAAAAGAGAAAAAGAAAAUCUUCUGCUGCUGCGAGUAAGUUUGAUUCAGAAAAAACACCUAGAAAGAGGUGGACUGCAGAACAAGAGGACUGCGUUGCGCCUUUAUAUGCUGCAUAUAUUCGACAAGGAACAAUCACUAAUGUAGACAUUCAAAAAUUAAUUGAUGAUAAUUGUUGAUUAAGUGGUAGAACUGUUGCACAAAUUCGGUCCAAAUUUUGGAAAGAUAAAAAUACAUCAAAGAAACCGAAAACUUCUGAGAAUGAAGUAUUGUCUACUUCAUUAAGUCGGAACCAUGUUCCACUUGCGAUCUACAAUAAUUUCCAGAAAAAUAUUGAAUCUAAAAAGGCACCUUCUGUGAAAGAAUGCUUGGAAGUAUUAGAUUCAUCAUCGCCUAAUUUACUUAAGUAUACUGUCCCUCAAAUAAUAGAAUUUGUUAAUAAGGCAAUCAAAUUCGAUAUCGAAGAAUAAUUUAAGAAAAAUUUAUCUCUUUUAUUCGCUAAUUUAUUUUCCAUAACUAACAAACUUGUUUGUAAAUUAUAAAAUCUAAGGUCACCAAAGGUGUUAUAUCAAAAUGUGAUAUAGUAUUUAGGCUACAAAGUUAUGUACGUAUUAACUUAAGAU